GCAGUCGGUAGGCGCGCUGUUAGGAGGCGGUGCGCCCGCGCGGGCGGCGAUGCGGUAGCGGCGGUUGUAGUGGCGGGGACCCCCGGAGGCGACCAUGACCCAGCAGGGCGCGGCGCUGCAGAACUACAACAACGAGCUGGUCAAAUGCAUUGAGGAGCUGUGCCAGAAGCGGGAGGAGCUGUGCCAGCAGAUCCAGCAGGAAGAAGACGAGAAGCAGCGGCUGCAGAACGAGGUGCGGCAGCUCACUGAGAAGCUGGCCCGAGUCAACGAGAACCUGGCCCGCAAAAUCGCCUCCCGAAACGAGUUCGAUCGGACCAUCGCGGAGACCGAGGCCGCCUACCUCAAGAUCCUGGAGAGUUCGCAGACUCUGCUCAGUGUCCUGAAGAGGGAAGCGGGGAACCUGACGAAGGCCACUGCCUCAGAGCAGAAGAGCAGCGGGGGCAAGGACAGCUGACGGCCCCCGGCACGCAGAGGCCCGUCCCCGCGGCUCUGUCUUCAAAGCAGCUCUGCUCAUGGCAGCAGCCACCCGCCUCCGCUGCCCUGGGUGACCAGGAAAGCCUGGGGUGCAGCCCGCCUGCGGGGGGGCGGUUCUAGCCAUGUGCUCACGCAGGGCAGGCAGUGGGGGCGAUGGGCUCUGGCUCCACCCUGCUUGGGCCUGGGUUGGGGGGGCCCACCCGCUGCCAGGGCUGCAGGGAAGCCCUGCUUCUUCUAGACUCUCAGCAUCAUGGGAGUCUCCUGGGCCUUUUGUCAUCUGCGAGCUCGCCCUAGUGGCCUGUGACUGUCAAUAAAGGUUGUGUUUUUAAA